AAAAAAAAGAGUCACGUGACAAGAGUGAAUCGAAACCCCGGAUAAGGAAGCAGGAAGUCAGUCCACAAGGAAUCGAGGCACGUAAACAAAGACGAAAAGAAACAAAAAUCCGACUACUGGACCACAAUGGCUGGCAUUAAAGCUCUGGUCGGAUUGUCUUUUAGUGGCGCCAUCGGGCUGACGUUUCUGCUGCUGGGUUGUGCACUGGAACAAUAUGGAGUUUACUGGCCGCUGUUUGUCCUGAUUUUUUACAUCCUGAGCCCGAUCCCAACCUUCAUAUCGCGGCGUCUCAGUGACGACAUGGACUCCUCAAGCAACGCCUGCCGAGAACUGGCCUAUUUCUUAACAACUGGGAUCGUUGUGUCAUCUUUUGGGCUCCCCAUCGUCCUCGCCCGCAAUACCACAAUCCAGUGGGGCGCCUGUGGUCUGGUGAUGACCGGGAACGCCGUCAUCUUCUUCACAAUCCUGGGCUUCUUCGUGGUGUUCGGCGGUGGCGACGAGUUCAGUUGGGAGCAGUGGUAGGCGGCGGGACGUGAGCAGAUACCACGGAUGGACGGACCUGGCUGGCCUGCAGACAAAAGUGUGAUCGUUUUCUCAAAACCGUUCGUAAGUCGUCAACGAGUGUCCGAUAGAAAGCACGUGCCUUAUGUCUCGGAGAGCGUAACUAUAACUAUAACUAUAACUAUAACCCACAUAUGCGCUAACCUCACCUCUACACGUAUUAUUUUGGUUUGGCUUUUCUCUCCGUCCACACGUCAUGUCUUUAAGUCCCGUGUUUACCACACUGCCGUCGGCCAUCUUUGUAACGAGUUAACUUCCCGUAACUAUUUCUAUUAAAAGUGUAAUGUUGGGCAAAGUCAUCCCUACUACGUACGUGACGCCGGAUGCCCUCCUAGUCAUUGUUUAUGUCACUUUUUCUGCCUGAAAGUUUCCGUUUUCUGUCAUCCUCGUUGCUGUGUUGUACAUCCGAACCAAAGAUUGGCUCAUUCAGAGCCUGUUCGACACCAAAUUGUGCAUUAGAACUGCCAGCUGGGGGGGUUUAAGGAAGCAUUUCACUGUGUGAACCGUUUAAAAAGUGCCUUUUAUAUUCCUAAGGACGUCGGCAAAUUCUUCUGAUUGACGUGAUUAUUAUUAUUCUUUUUUUUUCAUUUUGAGUUGUAGCUGUAUAGUGGGGAGAAGUCAUAAAUAAACCCCCUCGUGAUGUAUAAUUGUAAUUUAGCCUCCUACAGACAUGAAAAGUCCAUAUUUCUGUAGUACCGUAUUUCAUUGAAUUGCCGCCGUCAUGCUAAUUAAUUUAAAACGCUUACCAAAGGCAUGCAGUAAAAAUUUUAGUGCGAUGUAAGGAUACCGUCAUGAAAAGCACAUUUAAUAAAAAAAAACAUUAUUAUGGUCUUCCAUCCAUCCAUUUUCUACCGCUUAUUCCCUGGCGCCUAUCUCAGCUACAAUCGGGCGGGAGGCGGGGUACACCCUGGACAAGUCGCCACCUCAUCGCAGGGCCAACACAGAUAGACAGACAACAUUCACACUCACAUUCACACACUAGGGACCAUUUAGUGUUGCCAUUUCUACCGCUUAUUCCCUUGUGGGGUCGCGGGGGGCGCUGGCGCCUAUCUCAGCUACAAUCGGGCGGAAGGCGGGGUACACCCUGGACAAGUCGCCACCUCAUCGCAGGGCCAACACAGAUAGACAGACAACAUUCACACACUAGGGCCAAUUUAGUGUUGCCAAUCAACCUAUCCCCAGGUGCAUGUCUUUGGAAGUGGGAGGGGCCUAUCCCCAGGUGCAUAUCUUUGGAGGUGGGAGGGGCCUACCCCCAGGUGCAUGUCUUUGGAGGUGGGAGGGGCCUAUCCCCAGGUGCAUGUCUUUGGAAGUGGGAGGAAGCCGGAGUUCCCGGAGGGAACCCACGCAGUCACGGGGAGAACAUGCAAACUCCACACAGAAAGAUCCCGAGCCUGGAUUUGAACCCAGGACUGCAGGACCUUCGUAUUGUGAGGCAGACGCACUAACCCCUCUUCCACCGUGAAGCCCACUAUUAUGGUCUUACCUUUACUUAUAAAUGAAGUCCAUGCCAGCUCCUUCUGAUCAAAAGCAUCGAUAACUUGUUUAUAGAAGUCUUCAGUUUUAAAAGUCUGUCUCGAUGGAGAUCUUCCGUUAUUACCUCCUGCUUGGAUUGAAAGUCCAGUUUAGAAAACUGCUAUCAGUUAGCUCGGCUCCUCACGUGCGGGCGACGACAGAAUUAUCCUCGGACAACUCCCCUUCCCGUUCUGCUCCGUGGGUGAUCUCUUUAUCCCACCGCUGCCACCAUGAAGUGUUACUAUAUAAAUAAUACACUGAUUAUUUGGGACUCGAACAUGCUUUAUUCCAGCCUGGUUGUUUACAUAGCCAGCAUAGGACUAGUGGUGUUGCAUCCUAAAAGGUCUGUUGUGCACUUCCUGCAUCAAAUCCGUUCCCAGCACAUAUCAGGUCAUUCGUUGUCACUUGUUUUGCAGCCAAGUAGUCGCAAGAAGGAUCACUAGCGCCCUCUACCACCAGGAGGCGGGAGUCAUUUAAUGACUCAUUUUUGACACACGCAGCUACGGUAUAUUAAUAAAACAUAGCUGCUUACUGUUCUUUUUAGCUGACCUUAAAUCCUACUGAAUGGCUCUUAAUCCAUGCGAUUUCAAAUCACCGGUAUUGAAAUCAGCCUCCUCCAUUUUGAAAGUGACGACAGGGGAAGUGUCACGAGUUUGACCCGGCGGUGAUACUAAGCAUGCGCUAAUUAUUUUGCGAGUAAUUCAAGGCAGGCGCAUACUAUAUGCCCGGCGGCAAUUCAAGGAAAUACGGUAGUUAUAGUUUAGCAGGAGGGGAACUGCACCUUUUUUUUUUUCACGUUUAUCCUUUUUUUUAUGCAUUCUAACUCGUAAAUAAAUGCUAGCAAAAGUCAGCCAACAAUAAAGGUAAUGGAUUCGCUCUCUUUGGCCUGUAAAGCGCUCUAAAAAAAAAUAUCCAAACAACCUCCAUUAAUGUCUUAUACACACCCUGUAAGUAUACAUGUAAUGUAGUAACAUUUAUAAUAAAAUGAAAUAUUUACGUACUAAUAUCACAGACACAUCACAACGUUCGCUUUUCUCUUCAACAACACGACUAAUCAUGGCAGACUUCAUGAAAGACAACAAAGACUAUGUUGGGACAAAUAAUGAUCCGGAAACUUCUAUUUUUGAACCCGAAGAUAAGGAGGAUGAUCUACAAGUUUUAGAAUGACUAGAUCCAACCAGUACUAAGUAUUAAACAACAUAUACAAACAACAAUGAAAUGAAAAUAAUACGCGUUAAUAAAACGCUUAAUCUUUUUCUUACUUAUUUGUUCUUUCCCUUUUGACAUUAAAAAAUCAUGUACCGCAUGCAAUUUUAUAUAUUUUAAUAUUCAAUAAAAUCAAAAUAUUAUAUUAUCAUGUAUACCAAAAGUUUUUUUUUUUGUUAAAAUAAAGAUAUAUACCGUACUUAAAUAUCUACUUUACGUAUGAUUUCAAAACAAAUGAUUAAUCAAAUUGUCGACUGUAAAAUUGACAAUAGAUUUAUUUUACCGUAAAAUCAACUUUGGUACUAUUUUUUCCCAUAUACAGUAAGACACCAAAACAUUAAAAAAACACACACAAAAAACAAGAUUAUACAGUAAAAAAAAAAAAGGGCAGCUCUGUUUUACCGCUAAAAACAGUGCUAUUGUUUCUCCGUUCCAUUCCUUUUAUUACAUUUUUUUAUACCCUGUAAAAAAAACACUAAUUUUACUGUAAAAUUCUAGUUUCUUAGCUGCCAGUUUGUAAAGUAAAACAUAUUUUUGGGGCAGCUUGUGUACAAAAAAAAUUGUUCAUGUAUUGUGUCUGUGUGUAUGUAUAUAUAUAUAUAUAUAUAUAUAUAUAUAUAUAUAUAUAUAUAUAUAUAUAUAUAUAUAUAUAUAUAUAUAUAUAUAUAUAUAUAUAUAUACACAUACAUACGUGUGUGUGCAAAUAUAACAACGGACAUAAUAAAAUAGUCACUCACUGUACAAUGUCUGCUCUCCUAGUGAGUCACUUACUGUACAAUGUCUGCUCUCCUUGGGAUAAAGACUAAUGGGAUGUUUGUAUCUUCCCCCUUAAAUGAACAAUUAAUCAUAAUCCUCACUAACAUUUAAAAAAUAAGGUGCGUCUUUUCCUUUCUUUCUCGCCAUAUCCGGGUCUAAACUGGAUGUCAAAGUUGACCAACUUGUGGGUUUACGUCCACAACUUUCUACUAUCCAGACGAGAGGCAUGAUUUAUAAUCUAGAAUGAACUUUCACCAACCCAGAGGCGAUGCAGCAGCUCAGUGUGUCAAUAUUGCAGCGCUCUCUGCCGCCCCUAAAAGUAGUUCCUCGACGAUAACAAUAUCGCUAAAACUUGUUAAUAUUCAGGUCGUGUUGGGGUAUUGAUGGUGCUUUUGUUAGGGGGACUUAUAAGCGUAAUAGAUUACUCUAAUUAGCUGCAUUGUUAGCCGCCUCGUACUUGCCAUACUUUACAAAUUAGAAUGCAUGAAAUGAGAAAACUAUGUGUUUUUGUUUUUUGUCUCACAUCGGGAUGGGCAAAAAAUAAAAUAAAAAGGUGCAGGUCCCCUUUAACAUAGAGAGACAGAAUAUCAAUGAAAAUGUAUAUUAAAGUAUUUGAUCCCCCUGUGCAGGCUACAAGAAUUCUGACGUUAUGAAACAGCACAUGAAGUCUUGUCCCUUUUUAAAGCUUCGUAAAAUAUACGGCGCACUGUUGGCACAAUCAUUAGAAAUAGAAGAAUUCACCACAAUUCUGAGAAAGGUGAGUGACCAGCCCAGAUGGCCCAGGUGGAGCUUGUUAAUUAUCAUGGAGAAAACCCAGAAUAACGUACUUUGCCGCAAAGGAUUGUGAUAUCAAGCUAUCCUUUUUUCAGCAUCAAGUACGGACUGGACUCAAACCCCACAUUCAUGUGUAAUAUUCAUUGUUUUGUUGACUCCGUUUAAGAUGAAUAGUACAAUUUGGACUGUUCAUGUCUUUGUGGGGAGGUAAAGGCAUCUCAGCAGGCACAAGACAUAGAAAAAAAAACGUUGAGAACUUGUUGAAUUAGGUCCUGACAUUGAGCAACUCAAACCUAACAUUGAAACAACAUGCACAUUGAGGACGUUUAAUCAAUGUUGGGUUCUGAUGUUGAUUUGACAAUUGAAAUUUGGUCAUUUCCCAACCAAUAUUCUACAACAUAAAUUCAACGUUGAAAUAACAUCCUUUUUGACAACAUUACAUAAAUGUUGGAUUCAGACGUUGAUUUGACCAUUGAAAUGUUGUCAUUUUUCAACCAAUAUUUUACAACACAAAUACAACGUUAAAACAACAUGCUUUUUCACGACGUUACGCCAAUGUUGGAUUCUGAUGUUGAUUUGGCCAUUGAAAUAUUGUUAUUUUUCAACCAAUCUUCUACAACACAAAUACAACGUUGAAACAACAUGCUUUUUGAGCACGUUACAUCAAUGUUGGGUUCUGACAUUGAUUUGACCAUUGAAAUUUUGUCAUUUUUCAACCAAUAUUCUACAACACAAAUACAACGUAGAAACAACUUGCUUUUUUACGACGUUACAUCAAUGUUGAGUUCUGACAUUGAUUUGGCAGUUGAAAUUUAGUCAUUUUUCAACAAAUAUUCUACAACACAAAUUCAACGUUGAAACAACAUACUUUUUUGACAACGUUUAUUCAAUGUCAGGUUGUGACGUUGAUUUGACCAUUGAAAGUUUGUCAUUUUUCAACCAAAAUUCUACAACACAAAUAUAGCGUUGAAACAACAUGCUUUUUGAGGACGUUACAUCAAUGUCGGACUCUGACGUUGAUCAUUGAAAUUUGGUCAUUUUCCUACCAAUAUUCUACAACAUAAAUUCAACGGUGAAAUAACAUCCUUUUUGACAACAUUACAUAAAUGUUGGAUUCAGACGUUGAUUUGACCAUUGAAAUUUUGUCAUUUUCCUACCAAUAUUCUACAACACAAAUACAACGUUAAAACAACAUGCUUUUUGAGGACGUUACAUCAAUGUUGGGUUCUGACGUUGAUUUGAUCAUUGAAAUUUUGUCAUUUUUCAACCAAUAUUCUACAUCACAAAUACAACGUUAAAACAACAUGCUUUUUCACGACGUUACGUCAAUGUUGGAUUCUGAUGUUGAUUUGACCAUUGAAAUUUUGGCAUUUUUCAACCAAUAUUCUACAACACAAAUACAACGUUGAAACAACAUGCUUUUUGACAACAUUACAUAAAUGUUGGAUUCAGACGUUGAUUUGACCAUUGAAAUUUUGUCAUUUUUCAACCAAUAUUCUACAUCACAAAUAUAACGUUAAAACAACAUGCUUUUUGAGGACGUUACAUCAAUGUUGGGUUCUGACGUUGAUUUGACCAUUGAAAUUUUGUCAUUUUCCUACCAAUAUUCUACAACACAAAUACAACGUUAAAACAACAUGCUUUUUCACGACGUUACGUCAAUGUUGGAUUCUGAUGUUGAUUUGACCAUUGAAAUUUUGUCAUUUUUCAACCAAUAUUCUACAACACAAAUACAACGUAGAAACAACUUGCUUUUUUACGACGUUACAUCAAUGUUGAGUUCUGACAUUGAUUUGACCAUUGAAAUUUAGUCAUUUUCCAACAAAUAUUCUACAACACAAGUUCAACGUUGAAACAACAUGCUUUUUUGACAACGUUUAUUCAAUGUCAGGUUGUGACGUUGAUUUGACCAUUGAAAGUUUGUCAUUUUUCAACCAAUCUUCUACAACACAAAUUCAACGUUAAAACAACAUGCUUUUUGACCACAUUACAUGUCGGACUCUGAUGUUAAUCAUUGAAAUUUGGUCAUUUCCCAACCAAUAUUCUACAACGCAAAUACAAUGAUUGAAACAACAUGCUUUUUGAGGACGUUACAUCAAUUGUUGGGGAUCUGACGUUGAUUUGAUCAUUGAAAUUUUGUCAUUUUUCAACCAAUAUUCUAAAACACAAAUACAACGUUGAAACAACAUGCUUUUUCACGACGUUACAUCAAUGUUUGGUUGUGAUGUUGAUUUGACCAUUGAAAUUUGGCAAUUUUCCACAACACAAAUACAACGUUAAAACAACAUGCUUUUUGACAACAUUACAUAAAUGGUGGAUUCCGACGCUGAUUUGACCAUUGAAAUUUUGUCAUUUUUCAACCAAUAUUCUACAACACAAAUAUAACGUUAAAACAACAUGAUUUUUCACGACGUUACAUCAAUGUUGGGUUCUGACGUUGAUUUGACCAUUGAAAUUUUGUCAUUUUCCAACCAAUAUCCUACAACACAAAUACAACAUUGAAACAACAUGCUUUUUGACAACAUUACAUGUCGGACUCUGAUGUUGAUCAUUGAAAUUUGGUCAUUUUCCUACCAAUACUCUUCAACACAAAUACAAUGAUUAAAACAACAUACUUUUUGAGGACGUUUAAUGAAUGUCAGGUUCUGAUGUUGAUUUGACCAUUGAAAUUUGGUCAUUUUCCAACCAAUAUUCUACAACACAAAUACAAUGUUGAGACAACGUGCUUUUUCACGACGUUACAUCAAUGUUGGACUCUGACGUUGAUCAUUGAAAUUUGGUCUUUUUCCUACCAAUAUUCUAAAACAAAUACAACGUUGAAACAACAUGCUUUUUGGGGACGUUUAAUCAAUGUUUGGUUGUGAUGUUGAUUUGACCAUUGAAUUUUUGUCAUUUUUCAACCAAUAUUCCACAACACAAAUAUAACGUUAAAACAUGAUUUUUGAGGACGUUACAUCAAUGUCGGGUUCUGACGUUGAUUUGACCAUUGAAAUUUUGGUCAUUUCCCAACCAGUAUUCUACAACACAAAUACAACGUUGAAACAACAUGCUUUUUGACAACAUUACAUAAGUGUUGGGUUCUGAUGUUGAUUUGACUCUUGAAAUUUUGUCAUUUUUCAACCAAUAUUCUACAUCUCAAACACAACGUUGAAACUACAUCAUUUUUGACAACAUUACAUCAAUGUCGGACUCUGACGUUGAUCAUUGAAAUGUAGUAAUUUUCCUAACAAUAUUCUACAACACAAAUACAACGUUGAAACAACAUGCUUUUUGAUGACGUUACAUCAAUGUCGAGUUCUGACGUUGAUUUAACAUUGAAUUUCGGUCAUUUCCCAACCAAUAUUCUACAACACAAAUACAACGUUGAAACAACAUGCUUUUUGACAACUUUUAAUCAAUGUUGGGUUCUGAUGUUUAUUUGACCAUUGAAUUUUGGUCAUUUUCCAACCAAUAUUCUACAACACAAAUACAAUGAUUAAAACAACAUGCUUUUUGAGGACGUUACAUCAAUGUUGGGUUCUGACGUUAAUUUGAUCAUUUAAAUUUUGUCAUUUUUCAACCAAUAUUCUACAACACAAAUACAACACGUGUUUUGACAAGGUUUAUUCCACGUCAGGUGGUGACGUUGAUUUAACAGUGAAAUGUGGUCAUUUCCCAAACAACGUGAAUCCAACAUUGGACAUCAACGUUGUCCCGAUUUGCAAACACAACUAAUCCCCAACGUUGUUUCAAAGCCGUAUUAAAGGACAUAUAUGUAAGUAUGACAAAACGUUAUAAUAUCAAUGUCUCGUGCCGGCUGGGAUGAAUGCUGAUGAAUCCAACAGCACGACUUCAUGUUCCCAAAAUCACCAAAUUCCACAUCAACGCUCAGUUUUCCGCUGUCUCGCAAAAAUCUUCCACCUGGCCCGAAGCCACGUGACUGACACUUUUUAGACACUAACAAGCAGAGACUCAAAAGUGACUUUUAGAAGCUCUCGAGUGCGUCUGGUUUUGUAACAAUCAUUAAAACUCUUUGUAUUGUGAAA